UUGACUGUCAAAAAGUAAUUUUGGGGUUAUGUUAAUGUAAACAAAAAUUAUUAAAUCGGCUCGUAAUGUAAUUUGAGCCUGUUUGUAUAAAAAAUCAACAUCGUCUAACUUUUUUUUAAUAAAGUUCCUACGAUGGGUUUAUUAACAGAUCCCAGUGCCGGUCAAGGGAAACUAACUAAAGCCCUCCUUAAAUAUUACACAAAAUUAUGUGUCUUGCUAUACAUAGGCGGAAUUGGUUGGUUUUGUUCCCUUGCAUAUACCCCCAUGAACGCUGGGACAUAUUUUUCCGAAAAUGCCCUUUUACCAGGACUUGUCAAAUCAGAGUUUAGAGAAGAUGCAAUCGCAAAAACUUACCACGCCGAACUUUUGGACGAAAUGAAGAAAUAUGAAGAUUCCAUUCCUUAUCCGUGGCUUUUAGCAAAAAUGAGACAAAUUGGUUUGGAUACUUACACUCACAACUUCACACUGAAUUAUCCUUUAGGAAAACCCCAAAAAUUUUUUGGUAAAAACGUUUAUGGUAUUUUACGAGCAGCAAGAGCUUCCAGCACUGAAGCAUUAGUUUUAAGUGUGCCAUAUAGACCCCCUUUGAGCGUCCACGCUACUACCGCACCUUCUAUUGCUAUAAUGUUGGCAUUUGCUAAGUUUGCAAACAAGGAAAAAUAUUGGGCAAAAGAUAUCAUAUUUUUAAUUACUGAGCAUGAGCAGUUAGGAAUUCAAGCUUGGUUAGAAGCCUACCAUGGAGUGGCAUGUGGCAAUGAGGGUACUUUAGAUCAUGGUGAUAUUAAGGGACGAGCAGGUGCCAUACAAGCUGCUAUUAAUUUAGAAUUACACGAACCAGCAAUUAGUCAAGUGGAUAUUAAAAUUGAAGGUCUCAAUGGCCAAUUACCUAACUUGGAUUUAUUUAAUUUAGCCGCUAAAAUGCUACUGAAAGAGGGAGUGCCUCAUACUUUUAAGAGUCGUCCAAAUAAACACUUAAAGGAUCCCAUAAACGAUUGGCUUUAUUCAUUCCAGACUUUGUUGGCAAUGAUUUCAACUCAGGCUACAGGGAUACCAAACGGAAAUCAUGGUCUUUAUCACCGCUUUGGUAUAGAAGCUCUUACUCUUGAGAGCACACCCUUAAAAGGGGGUAAUAAAGCAGGAUUUCCAAUUGUGGGGCGAAUUAUUGAAGGGAUAUUUCGCAGCUUGAACAAUUUGCUAGAGCGUUUUCACCAAAGUUUUUUCUUCUAUCUCUUACCUUCAUCAGAAAGAUUUAUUUCAAUUGGGUUAUACAUGCCUGCUAUUUGUUUGAUUGCGGGGGCACUCUUCAUAAAAUCAUGCGCCAAUUGGUGCCAACUUCAGGAAAAUCAAGCAGAAACGGAAGAUGAGAAGCCAAAGACCCCUGAGACGAAAAAAGAAGUAAAGAGCAGCUCAAUAGCGCGCAAUUCAAAAAACUUUUGGAGAGAAAUGGAAGGGCGAUUCCAAGUAGAAGUUCAAACUUACAACCCCCCAGAUCCAGAUUCUAUUAAUUUUAUCUCAAUUCUGUGUGUGUUUCUAAUGUCUCACGUCGUGGGGGUAUUGAUUAUGAAUAGUCCUCAAUUACUUACGACUCUAGGUGGUCAGAAUAAUUACUCAACUGACUCGUCGUUGUUUUACGGGUUUAUAGCAAUAUCUGCGAUGUUACUAACCGUGCCGCUUUUUAUCCCUUUUAAAGCUUGCGAGAAGAGUAUGUCUGUGUUUAAUAUUUUAUCACUAUUGGAAUUAGGUACAACUUUAAUUUGCGUUUCCAUGAAUAAUUUUUCUCUGGCAUUAUUUUGCGCCAUUAUUUAUGUACCUUUAGCACUAAUUAUCGGGAUUACGCGUUGUCGACUAUGUUCUGCCAUUAAAAAAAUUGUGUGGUUGCUGGCGCAUCCUCUAGUCGUACUUACCGCCACUGUGUUAAUAUACACAUUUGUAAUGUUUCCUGGUGAAAAAUUUGAAGACAAUUUUCAUAGGGGUAUAGCGGCGACUCAACAGGCAAUCGUUUUCAGUAUAGUGGAUUCUAUGAUUUAUGGAAAUUGGCUCUUUAGUGUCGUUACUAGUGUCUUUAUUUCCAACUGGUUGUGUUUCUGGAUCGUUGCGUUUGCGAAAGUUCAGCAGGACAUUCCAAAGAAGAAAAUCGAUUAAAUGUACUUUCUUUUUUAAAUAAAGUGUUGGUUUUUUAA